AUGUCCAAAGCUGAUGGGAUGCCUCAGAGCCAGGAUCCAGACGCAGGAUCGAUCAUGAAAGCGAACGAUGUAGGAAGCAGCCACGAUGGAGAGUCUCCCUCGAGGACUGGAGACGACCUGGAGAAGCUUCAGACUGAAGUUGACAGCAAAAUGCCCACAGCCUCCAACAGGAUCGUCACAGCUCAGGAUUGGAGUGGACCUGACGAUCCACACAAUCCUCUGAAUUGGACAUUCCUCAAGAAGGCCUGCCAUUUCUGGCCCACAGCUAUAUGGGCGUUCUCGGUGUCAGUGGGUUCAUCGUUGAUCUCGCCUGCGAACCAAGACUUACAGUCUUACUUCGGCAUUUCGCGGACUGCGGCAAUCGUGCCUCUGACUGUCUAUGUCAUCGGACUGGGACUUGGACCUAUGAUUGCUGCACCACUAAGCGAGUCAGUAUUCGGCAGCGAUGCACGUUCGCGGGUCCAUACUAACAUGGACAGGACAUUUGGGAGAUCAUCCGUGUACAAAGUCACCGCGCCUGUGAACAUUCUCUUCCUCGUCGGUGCCGGUCUGUCCAAGACUUUCGCUGGACUGGUCAUAUGCCGACUUCUCGCUGGCAUGGCUGGAGCUCCAGUCCUAGCCGUGGGAGCGGGCACCAACGUCGACCUUUUCAAUGCGCGAGACCGUGCAUUGUCGACGUCCUUAUUCAUCAUGAUGCCCUUCCUUGGUCCAUCGUUUGGCCCACUCAUUGGGGGAUUCGCUGCCCAAUUUCGAGGCUGGCAGUGGACAGUGUGGUGUAACGUCAUCAUUGCUGGGUGUGCGAUGCUCACUUGUCUACCGAUGCACGAGACGUACAAGAAGGUGAUCUUGCAACGUCGAGCGAAGAGGCUCAACUUACCGCCACCUCCAGGACCCAACAUGAGUGAUCCAUCCCACUGGAAAACCAUGUUCACUGUUACGCUCUUCCGCCCGCUUCACAUGCUGUUCACGGAGCCUAUAGUAGGAUUCCUGGCCGUGUACAACACCUUUGCCUUCUGUAUCAUGUUCGCAUUCUUGCCGGCGUUCCCUUUCUCGUUCGGGACUGUGUACGGUUUCAAUACAUGGCAGACGGGUCUUGCUUUCCUGGGCAACCUGGUGGGUGUCCUCCUCGCCGUGGUGACAGCCGUCCUUUGCGACAGGCUCAUAUAUCAAAAGCUUCACAAGGAGGCACUGGAUCGAGGUAAAACCACUGUUGCACCGGAGCAUCGACUGUAUGCGGGCAUGAUGGGCGCGAUAUUUCUGCCAAUAGGGUAA